AUGAGGUUCCGCCUUGAAUUCUUUCAGCAGUUCCAGACCUUCAGGUUUGCAGUGGAAGAGAUCAACAGAAGCCCCGAUCUCCUACCCAACAGUACCCUGGGUUUCUAUGUGUAUGAUUCCUGUGCUGUUCUCCAAAGAGAGUUAGCGGGAACAUUAUGGAUGAUAAGUGGUCUGGACAGAGUGAUACCCAAUUACUGCUGCCUGAUACAUCCUGCUCUUACCGCUGUUAUUGGUCACUCAACGUCCACUUUCUCCAUCCUCAUGGCUCAUAUCAUGGGAUUGUACAAAAUUCCACAGAUCAGCUACUAUUCUACCAGCUCUCUCUUGAGUGACAAGACACAGUUUCCUUCAUUUUUUAGGACUGUCCCAAGUGAUGACUUUCAGUCCAGGGGGCUGGCUCAGAUGGUUUUGCAUUUUAAAUGGAAAUGGGUGGGGCUCGUAGCUUCUAAUGAUGAUUAUGGAAGUGAAGCAAUAAAGGUCAUCAGACAGGAGGUCAUGAAAGAAGGAGCUUGUGUGGCUUACACAGUGUAUAUUUCCGGCAACCUGCUCUACCAAAAUCUACCUACCAUUGUUAAAAUGAUAAAGGAGUCAAGUGCCAAUGUUAUAAUAGCCUUCUCAAUUGAUUUCUACUUAACUCCCCUCCUGAAUGAGAUGCUGAAACAAAAUGUAACUGGCAAAACGUUUGUUGCCAGCGAGGCUUGGUCCAUUUCAGACAUUUUAGUAGUGGAAAAAUAUUUUUCCUUACUCACUGGAACUAUAGGUUUUGCAUUCUACAGCUCUACAAUUCCAGGGUUUCAAGAGUUCCUCAAUUCCAUUAAUGUCUACAAUACACCAGGAAUAUAUUGGACACAAAAGUUAUGGGAAGAAGCUUUUGGCUGCACAUUUAUUAACCAGAACAACCUUACUGAUACAAUGAAUAAUUUUAAAAAACAAUGUACAGGAGAAGAACAUUUAAAUUCUGUUCAGAACAACUAUAAUGAUGUGUCCAGAUUAAGAGCUUCCUACAAUAUCUAUACUGCAGUGUAUGUGAUAGCAAAAGCUCUGCAUGACCUCAGUCAUUGCCAAGCCACAGAUGGACCAUUGGUUCAAGAUCAUUUUUCAGAUAGAGGACAUUUUGAACCAUGGCAGUCCUUUCUGCAGCUACUGAAUUAUUUUAAGAAAGUCAGAGUAAAGCUAGACAGCAAUCGAGAAGUUUUCUUUGAUAAGGAUGGAAACCCACCAGCUAUUUAUGACAUAGUGAACUGGCAGCUGGGAUCAGAUGGAACCAUCAAGCAAGUGAAAGUGGGAAGCUAUGACACUUUGAAUUCUUCUGGGGACAUAUUCAACAUCAAUACAAAGUUGAUGUGGUGGGCUACAGAGAGUCAGGAGAUUCCAAAAUCUGUUUGUAGUCAGAGUUGUUCAAAUGGGUUCAAAAAGUCCUUAAAGGAAGGAGAGCCAGUGUGCUGCUUUCAUUGUUUUCCUUGUGCCCAAGGAGAGAUCUCCAAUCAGACAGAUUCCAUUGAGUGCUGGAAGUGUCCCUGGGACAUGUGGCCUAACAGUAAAAGAGACAGAUGCUUUCCUAAACCCAUUGAGUUCCUUUCCUAUGAAGAUCCCCUGGGGUUGACCCUAGCAGCUACCAGUGCUUUCUCCUCUAUGGUGCCAAUGUCUAUUUUUCAUCUUUUUAUUAAUUAUAAAGACACCCCAAUUGUGAGAGCCAAUAACUUUCACGUGAGCUGUAUUCUCUUAGUAUCUGUGGCCUUCUGCUUCCUCUGUGCUUUGGCUUUCAUUGGUUACCCCCAACCUGAGAAGUGUCUUCUGCGUCAGGCUACAUUUGGUCUUGUUUUUACCCUCUGUGUAUCCUGCAUUUUGGCCAAAACUGUCAUUGUUGUAUUUGCUUUUAUGGCCACUAAACCUGGGAGCAGGCUCAAAAAAUGGACAACUCCGUAUAUGCCCUACAUGAUCAUUACUUUUUGCACCUUCAUACAACUUAUUUUGUGUUUGAUUUGGUUGACCAUCUCCCCGCCUUUCUUUCAAUACAAUAUUGAAGCCAAACCUGGAAUCAUUGUUGUAGAGUGCAAUGAAAACUCUCAAUUUGCCUUCUGGUGCAUGCUGGGAUAUCUUGGAAUUUUAGCCUCUGUCAGUUUCACUGUAGCUUUUCUGGCCAGGAGGCUUCCCGACAACUUCAAUGAGGCCAAAUUAAUAACAUUCAGUAUGUUGGCCUUCCUCAGUGUCUGGGUGUACUUUAUUCCAGCCUCUGUCAGUGCCCAGGGCAAGUAUACUGUUGCCAUGGAGAUCUUUGCAAUUCUGGCUUCUAGCUGGGCCCUUGUCGUCUGUAUGUUCCUCCCCAAGUGUUUUAUUAUUUUGUUCAGACCCAACAUGAACUCCAGAGAAAACCUUAUGAGAAAGGAAAGAGUAAGGAAAUAG